UACUGAAAUUUUAAUGCCACCCUGCAGCGCGCAGUUCAGUUUGCCUUGAAGCAGCACUGGAAACAAGAGGCAGGUUCGGAAGGAUAAUUGUCCUCAUCUCCACAGCCACGUAUGCAAUGACUAGGACCCUGAAGUAUUGAUACGAGGUACAGUUCUCGAUUCACCGCCCUGCCCAUAUUAAUGGACGCCUAACUUUACAACUCAAGCUUUCUCCUAAGCAAAGAUCACAGCUCCAAAAUAAUGAGUCAGGGAUUUUGGAAAAUUUACAAGAGCAAAGUGCUGAAAAGUUUUACGGCUGAAGAAGAGGAGGAAGAAAUCAAGGAGCAGAACAAUGACACUGCGAUGGACAUGACAGCAGAGGAAGGUUCCAGUCCUGUCUCAAUGUUGGCCAAAAAGGUACAAGGAGCCAGUGCAAAGGGUUGGAAAUGUAUGUCCUCGCUCUUCAACAAGGAUGAUGAACACAAGUUACUCCAGGCUGAGAACACCGCUCCAGUUGAACAUGUCCUUUCAGAACCGGCACCGAAGGAGCCUGAGCCCGAGAGGAAGGCGACCGGCUUCUGGGAUGUCUUUGCCACCAGGUGGAGCCAGGCGUCCGAGACCAAAAAGGCUGCAGACGCGGGCUCCGGGGAGGGAGAGGCCACCAGCGGCACACGCAGCCAGGCCAGCGAUGCGGACAACUCGUGUGGCUCUGGCCAGUACACCAGCCUGGAGGAGGAGCCCACCGACCCCGUCUUCAAGUGGAACUUUGUAACCAGCAAGUUGGCGGAACUGAAAAAUAAAAGUAUGCAAAAAAACAAUUAGGCAGACAGACAGGUUCCGAUGGCUCUUGCAGACAGACAUCAACUGAGGGAUGAGUAGCAAGAACAACUUUAACGAGCCAGCGUUCCAUUAGAUAAAGAUGGUGGCUUAAGAUAACGGGGCUGUGUGAAUAAAACUCGGGAGGUGCUGUUUGAGAUGCUAGUAGAUUAAACUUGAACUUGUUUGUUCCUAUCCUUUCUCCGCUCCUCAAGGCGAGGGAAACCAUCACUGGUGCGACCCAGCAAUGUUACAGAUAUGAAGUGAUCCCAGGCUGCUGUUUCUAACACUCUAUACCAUGAUGUCUUAGAUAAAAUACACCCCCAUCCCCACUCCCCACUCUUUCACCACAUGGCCAACAGGCAAGAACCUUCUCAGUAAUUUCUACUUGGGCUCCUUAGAUCCAAGGUUCCAAACUUUUAGCUUCUAAUCCUUACUGCAACAUUUAAAGAGAAGUCCCGUGUUUAAUUUGCUAAUACUGUUGAUAAAUCUACCAGUUCUAACGAGGAUGUCAAAUUUAUGACAAGCCUUGAGCAACCAAUAGACAGGAACUUUGAAAACCAAUGCCAUAGUCCUGUAGUUUCACUGAGGGAGAAGGCAGGAGAAUGGGGUUGAGGGGGGGAAGAUAGAUCAGCCAUGAUUGAAUGGUGGAGUAGACUCGAUGGGCUGAAUGGCCUAAUUCUGCUCCUAUAACUUAUCAACAUGAAAAUUAUUCCCAUUAUUUUAAGCAGGUUUGAAAGCAGGGUUGGGAAUGGAGAUUGGGGUGUCAUCAGGGAUAAAUCCUAUUUAUUUAGAAGAUUGAACGUUCCAUGGUGCUUCAAGGAAGGAUGAUC